AUGGCCCUCGCUUUCGGAUUCCCGACUUUUCAUCCAACUAGGUAAGCCUUUCAAAAUUAUAAUUUUUCUUCGCUGCAAGUAAUUGAGUUAUCAGUAUCUAAGAGUAAUUUUGUUUUCACAUCGUUUUUUAGGGUCUAACACAGGUUUUUUUUGGUAUACAGUAUAAUGGACUCUCUGAAAUUGGUUAAACGAAUACAGUGUUUUCUUUAGGUUUCGAUAUGUUGAAAAAAAUUAGUGGAUUAUUUUCGUUUAUAACCGAUCAAGGUAAAACGAGAAUUAGAAGGGAGAGGAGGCCAGGGGCGCGGGGAAGGGGGGGGAGUAUUGCGGGGGAAAUGCAGCGAAAUGCCCUAGUGUUCUUCCCUGGUUUGGCCUCAAUCCAGCUUUUCAGUGCACAGUUGUUUUAUAGAAAGCUAAUGAAAUUCCUCCUUGCGAAUUACCUUUCGAAAAAUUACUAUCCGAAAAAAAGGUCACUAGAGAGUACCGACCUGCCAGACAAGAAACCCCCUGGACCACUCUGAUUCGUUUAAUUUUUCUUAUGACCUUAUCCACACUUGACUGUUUGUACGUUUGUUAUUUUCUUUCCAAGUUACGCGCAUAUCUUUUGGUUAGCUUGACAUCUUUGAGGGCCACAAGUUUUCAGUUUUUAACUGGCUGUCGUCACGCACUGUAACUAAAGUUGAUUAUGAUCAGAGAUCAUGAUAUUAAUUAUGGUUAUGAUUAUGAUUCGGUCCUAGAAACCCUUGCCUUAGCCUAAACUGAAAACCUUGCAACUUCGCCCAGUUUCUGUCGCUAGGGUCAGGGAAAUAGGAUCAGCCUGAUGAGCUCAGUUAGGCGAUUUAGGAACUGGAUGGGCGAUAAACCUGAAUAUCCUCACAGCAGAGUGCCUUAAAGCUUCCUAUUCUUUCUCUUCUUUAUUUCAGACAUUUUCCUACUUUAUUCGUUAACGCUUAAAGCAAAACAAAUUUAACAUUACAUAUGUAUUAUCACCACUGAUUUGCAAACGCGACAAACCCAAUGUUUUGUUCUGCCAGCGUCAGUCAGACAGGCGUUUAAAUUCGGCAAUUCAAAAUUUCACGGAAACAUUUUUAUUUACAUUGUAAAGAAAAUCCGACUUGCAAAUUUUUAAGGCAACUGAGAUGUUUUGGUCCAGUUAGUCUCACCAACUCCAGGCAAAAUAACAAUUUUCUUUUGUUUCAUUUUCAGCUACAACAGCUUCUUCAAUCAAGUUGUCCCAGGUUAUCGGUUUUUGCAAGAUUUAUGGAGGAGCACAGCUCUCUUCUGCGAGGAACAGGCUCGGAAGAGGAAACUAAUGAAGACAUAUUCGGGCCCAGUCAUAAUUGCUUGGCUGCCACUGAACCAGUACAAACCAGAAGAAAUGUCAAUCUGUGUUGACGACGAAAACAUAACGUUACACGGCCAGCAUCGAUCCGAAGGAGAAGAUGGAUUUGAGAAUAGUGAGUUCAUGAAAAUCAUUAAGCUCCCGCAAGACGUAGAUCCCACAACAGUGACAUCACAUGUAACCAGAAAUGGUAGCGUUCUAGUCCUCAAUGGCAUCAAACGCCUUGAAAAGAAAAUAAAAGCAAACGAUGACAAGUUUGUUGCUAAAUUAAAUCUGCGUGGAUUUAAACCAGAAGAAAUCAAGAUCCAGAGUCGAGGAAAUGAGCUCAUGGUCAUAGCAAAACACGGAUCGGAGGAAGAUGGUUCACGUGAUUACAGGCGUCGCAUUUUGCUGCCCGAUGACGCAGACGUCAGUUCAGUGACGUCACACCUCUGCAGUAACGGCGUGCUAAUUAUAGAAGUGUCACGUGACCAAGCGUUCUCACAAGACGAGGCAAAACAAGAAGCAAGUGGUAACACAGAAUUCAAUUGGCGUGAAUGAACCACGUUCACUUGGCAGAUUGUACAGAAUCACUCUCUACAUUAUUUUUUGAAAUAUUUAUUACAUUUCUUAUUAAAGUUAUAAUUUUAAAGUGCAACCUCGGCAUACUCUGUUAAACCUAGUGAUACAUCAUGAUAAUUUUAUUGUGAUAUCUUUAGUUUAGAUUUUUGCUUAAUUUUCAGUUUUUAAUUCAGUGGUUUUUAAUCAUCAGACAAACAUGUUCCAAUGCGUUAAGUACCGAUUAAAAGAAAUAUUUUACACUUUAGUUAAAAUGUAUAUCAGAUCAGUUAUCAGUUUUUAUCCAAAGUUCUUUGUCUAUAUAUAGUAUAGUUCUUGAUAUUUUAAGUUUUUGGGAUUGUAAACCUUUGGAAUAUAAGUUAAUGAAAGUUAUUAUAGGUCCGUAUAUAGUACAGGAACAAUAAAAUGUUUAAAUGAGCAUCUAACUGGGUUGUGUUUCCUUUUAAUUAUCGUUCUUUUUGACCACUUUUUACCUCUAGAUGAUGUAGUCUCAAUGAGGGGAUAGUCUGUCGGUAUUUUUCUAUCUAAAGCAGAAGCUUCUUUGGUCUCUUUGACUUGAAAUUUUCUGAUGCCUUUCCAGAGCAGUUACCCUAUUAAUACAGG